UUAGCUUGUGGCUUCGCGCAAACGGUCACACCCCCAUUUUGCACCGAAAAUAAUAGCAAUUUGAUAAAUAAACGCGACAAUUGCCAGCAAAUUGGCCAGGAGCGGGCGUAACUGCAACUCCCGGAUUUGCGGAAGCAGCUAUGGUUGGGAAAAACUUCAAGGCUCUAGAGCACUUUCACCGGCUGACCGAGUACAUAGUUCAGUGCAAACACUGCGACAAGACGUUGUCCUCCAAACACACAUCCUCCAACUUGACGCGACAUUUAAUCCGGAACCACAAGCUCUUGGCCCGAACGAUUUUCGCCGGCGAGGGGGGUAAGAUGCUGGCCGAGCUGAAGGACGAGCUGGAAGCUUCCGCCUCCGAGGACCUGAGCAUGGAGCUCGGUGAGGGCGAGACCAAGUCGGCGGUGCGCGGCAUCAUGAGCACGAAGCUCGACCAGGAGCAGAUGGAGCGGCACAGCCAGGAAGAGAUGCGCAACAAGGUCAUUGGAAAGAACAACAAACUGUGGGCACACUUUAUCCGCAUCUCCGAAUUCAUGGCCAAAUGUAUGCACUGCGGCAAGACGCUCUCCUCGAAGCACUCGUCCUCCAAUCUGAUGCGACACAUUGUGCGUCGUCACACCAGCCUGGCCAAGACGCUAAAUCACUCGCACCAGCACCUUACGACACCCAAGAAGGAGUCCUACUCCAGCCUGGAGCGUAGGCAGGCGGCUGAUCCCCUGGAGAAAGUCAACUUCGACGAUGUGGACAGCAUCAUCGAAAAGGUGGCCGAUCACCUGGAAGAAGAGGUCACUUCGAUUUCGCUGCAGGAACCCUUCUACGAGUACGUGGUGGACAACUCUGACUCCGUGGUGGUGGACAGGUGCGAGGAGCCGGAGCCGGCAGAGAUGCAGAACAUGAUUCCGCCGGACAGCGCCUCGUUGGCGGAGUCCACCACACAGCUGGACGAGAAGCUCAAGGCGGAAACGAUAUACUACAACGAGAUGGCCGAGUUGGCCAGGGCCAAGCGGCGGCUCAUCGAUCUGCAGACCAAAAAGCUGCUUCUCGAUAUGAACGUAGUGGACCACUAGCCCAUCGACGAUUGGAACGGCUUGUGUUUGUAGGUGGAUAAGGCGGGCAAUAUGAUUAUUUACACUUAGGUAUGAUUAUACUUUAAACGACUUUAUGAUCUGAGCAUUUAUUGUGCGGAGGAUUAUUUCCACGAGGGAAGGUCAAAGAAAUUGAAAGAAAAGGAAUUUGGCUCUUACAUGUUAUUUUUAUGUCCUUUCAUUAAUUUAUAUAUUUUUUGUAAAAAGUGCUGGCUUAAAAUCGAUCAUUUCAGCUCGUAAAUAAAAUUCACCGAUACGCUUAGAGUUAGUAACAAACUGUA